AACAAAAAGAGGCCCUUACGAUAUGCAAGAUGUCCCAGUUUAAGUGUAGAACAACUUUGUGUUGCUUGUUUCGUUUGAAAUUAAGUUUAUAUAAAUGAAUCUGCGCUUUAUAUAAUGUAGAGCGCACAACAGAAGGGAAAAGGAUUUCUUCCUCUUUAUUCCCCCAGUCUUUCGCUGCAGACCCUGGAAUCCUCUCUGCUCAGCAGUUAUUGAAGUGAGGAGAAGGUACGUCUCCAUGGCAACCAGGGUGAAAUGUGACCUGGAUAUAUUUACUGAGAUGCAUUCAGCGCUAAACAACAUCUCCAUCCUGAAACAUCCAGGAGUCCAGAUGCAGCUGUGUCCCAUCACUGAACCUCUGAUAGCACACUUCAGUCAGUGCUGUGGGGAGUUUAUUCAAAUAGAUCUCAACUCCCCGCAGCCUGUUUUACACACAAACACGCAGCGAGAACCCAGUCUAGGGAUUUUGAAUUUUAAAACGUACUUAUUUACAAUCGCAGGCGGACUAUUCUUGAACAAGAGCCCUGCAGAAAAAUGAGAGGAGACUCGCAGCGAGAGGACGGCGGGAACAAACAUCAGCCACCUGUUGGGGAAAUCUGCUUUAUGUUCUCGAAUCCAAACGAUAAUGCGACAUGUCAGGUUGUGUCAGCUGCCGCCGCCCAACACCACGGCGUCAGGGGUGUGUGUUUGCAUGAGCACAUUGGUGCACACUCGCCGAAAAGCUGUCAUCUCUUCUGGUGUCUGCAGAGAAGGAUCAAAGCGGGAACAGGCAGCCAGCGAGAGAGGGAAAGAGAGAGAGAUUUCGGGGUGAACCAGAGGACGCAGCCUCUUCUGUUAAACAGGCCUGAACUAUGAUGCCUGGCCACCCACACAGUUCGCUUGCUGACAUUUAGCAAAAAUUCAACGGUCCUCUUCCCUUGCAGAGACUGUGAGAAGACACCAGCUUCCCUAAGUAGGAUCAGCCUGCACACUUGACGCCCUACAAUUUUGGGGCCCUCCAGAACCAUUUGACCCGUAACAUAAAACCCCAAGAGCACCAUUACUGAGGAUCCUCAGGUGGGGCAAUGAGGCAAAUUCCCCUUCUCUCACCAAACGCAGGUGGAGCAAAGAGACCAAUCCUCCAACAACAGGCGGGCCUAUCGGUCUGGGAACAGAUGGCCUUGCCAUGCUUGAGCUUUCUCAGACCUCUGUCCUUCAAGUUUACAGCAGCAAGAUCCAAGAUGACGACCGCCUGCAAGAUCCAGCUGCAGGAUAUGACCAAGACUGGAGUUGAACCCAAGAUAACAGCUCUUAUAUGUCAUGAGCAUUGGCAUAAGCCACUGUGCCACAGCUUUGACCCAUUUAUGUUUAAUAGAGGAGAAAAAUGAAACGCACAUAGAAUGACAGGAGUAAUUAGUUUCAGAUCAAACAAUAAUUGGCAAGGCCCCCUGCGGUACUGCUGUGGACCCCCUGUCGAAGACCCCUAAGUCUGCAGAUCAUAAAACAUGGAAAGGACAGAGUAAGAGAAUUCGAGCCAUAUCUAGAGACCAGAAACUUUUUUGAUUCGAAUCUGUGCUGACUCUGAUAUAAUGAUGACGACGUACAUCUUGCACGUUCGUCUUCCACAGCUACUGCGGCUCCGCUGGGACGCGUCAGAUCUCACAUUUUUAUAGUCCACUGCUGGCUACAUGGACCUUUUUUACCGGCUGAAACAUUUCGACAAUCACACAGUACUGUGUACAUUAUCAUUUAUGUAUGUAUUAUAUUAUAUAGCACUACUUGAAUGUUGUAACGAGAUGCUGAAUUAUGAGCAAUGAUGAGAUUGAAUGACAUAUGUGAUACUCUGCUUUGACUAUAAUUACAAUUCCGCAUGACACGACGAGCCAAUAUAAAGCUAAAAAUCGCACCCGCUCGCUCACUCGCUCUCUCCCAUCUGUCAGGCGCGUUCGUAAUGCAUCAGGGCAUAACUCCAUCUCCAUAGCAGACAGACUGAGCGCGCGGCACAUAGACAUCUUAAUGUUUCCGAGAGCCUCCCGUCCCCCCGUAGAGUUUCCCCCUCCACACACCACUCAAUCCACAGUUAAGAUAUCUUGUUAGUAGAUAACAAGCAGUCUCUGCUGGGAUUUCGAUAGGCACACUUUUAUUCCACCAGAGGAUGUCUUUCCGGGCUGCAUGAAGUGUGGAAGGAAAGAAAGCGGGGAAAAAAUAAAAAGAGCUUGCUGUCAAUUAUCUUCCCUCCACCAAGCUCCAGGAGAAAGGGAGCGGGUAAUGUUGGGUCCUGAGCUGCGGGCUGUCCAUCAAGGCCCGACUCACGCCAACUCUGCCAGGCCUGAAAAAUGGAUGGGAGCAGAGAGCGGCAAAAGGUUGGACACAGUUCUGUUAAACUGUCAAAACAGAUGAGCUGGUGAGCUAUGGAAGGAAGCUUCUGUUGUCCUCUUCGACAAACUUUUGGCUUCUGGCUACAAAAAGACAAUACAAACAAGAUUACAAGACGGAGCCUGGCUUUGAAUCCUCUGAAGUUGACACGGAACCUUUCCCGACUUCCCUCAAGGUUCAGACGACACAUUGACGGCGAAAUAGAGCUGGUGCAUCACCUUUAUGAUGACGAAUAUGAGGAAGUGGACAACUGGGGAUUGCAUCAAAAAAAAAAAAAAAAACAGCAGAAGGCAGUGCUGGACACGCCCCCAUGCUGCGCCUGGUGGUGUUGCAUGUGCCCAAGUGCAGGCAGGCAGUUUUGAAAGCAGUUCCUGAUAGAGACUACUGCUCCGAUUCUACACUGGCAGAGAACGAGAGAGGGAGUGAGCGAGGGAGAGGGGAGAGCGAGCGAGAGAGAGACAGAGGGAGAGAGAGAGAGAGAGCUUUCUCCCCGUGCGCUGGGUCCACAUUUGCACGAUGGCAUCAGAUCCAGGGCUGCUGCCCCUCUUAGUGUGGACUAUUUCAAUGCAGGUCCUGGGCUCCAGAGGAACGUCUAAUAAUGAAGUGAGUCUCCUGGACACAACCAAAAUAUCAGGAGACUGGGGCUGGCUCACAUAUCCUUCACAUGGGUGGGAUGCGAUCAACGAAAUGGACGAGUAUUUCAGCCCCAUCCACACGUACCAGGUGUGCAACGUUAUGAGCCCGAGUCAGAACAACUGGCUCCGGACCAACUGGAUCCAGCGAGACGGCGCGCGGCGGAUCUACAUCGAGAUGAAGUUUACGCUGCGAGACUGCAACAGCAUGCCAGGCGUGCUCGGUACCUGCAAGGAGACCUUUAACCUCUACUACUACGAGACCGACCGCGACGUCGGCACCAGCAUCUGGGAGAGUCAGUUCUCCAAGAUCGACACCAUCGCGGCAGACGAGAGUUUCACUAACGUGGACCUGGGUGUGAGGAGACUCAAGCUCAACACUGAGAUCCGCGGCGUUGGGCCGCUCAGCAAACGCGGCUUCUACUUGGCCUUCCAGGAUAUAGGAGCCUGCAUCGCUAUCGUGUCCGUCCGAGUCUAUUACAAGCGCUGCACAGGAAUGGCUCGCAACCUGGCAGUCUUCACGGACGUGGUCACGGGGGCCGACUCAUCCUCGCUGGUGGAGGUCAGAGGUCAGUGUGUGGACCACGCUGAGGAGAGGGACACUCCUAAGAUGUACUGCAGCGCUGAGGGCGAGUGGCUCGUUCCUAUUGGACGAUGUGUGUGCAGCGCCGGCUUUGAGGAGCACAGAGACAACUGCAUUGCAUGUGAGGUGGGUUUCUACAAGCCCGUGGCAGGAGAUCAGCUCUGUGGGAAAUGUCCACUCCACAGUCACUCUGAGACACGAGCAGCUCUAACCUGCCCAUGUGAUGCCAACUUCUAUCGUUCCUCUACAGAUCCAUCUGCUUCUCCCUGCACAAGACCUCCGUCAGCUCCAGUAAACAUCAUCUCAUCUGUGAACGGCACCUCGGUCAGUCUGGAGUGGGGUUCACCUCUGGACGCAGGAGGCCGCAGUGAUGUCAUCUAUGACGUCCUUUGCCAGAAGUGUGACAAAGAUGGGGCGCAGUGUGAGGACUGUCGGGUGGGUGCCGGAGGGGGUAACGGGGUGGGGAACGGCAAUGGGGGUGUUGCAGACACCAAUGGAGCUGUUAGCGGGACAGUUGGAGGAGGAGGAGGAAUCAUGAAUGGGAUGGUGGUGUCCCGGACAGGAGCGGCCCUAGUGCGUUUUAUCCCUCAGCAGACAGGACUUACAGAACCAUGGGUCACGGUGCUGAAUCUUGCUGCUCACAGUAACUACACGUUCCGUAUUGUUGCUCUAAAUGGAGUCACACACCUGAGCAACGAGCUGCCACAGUCUGUGACGGUCAAUAUCACCACAAACCAGGCAGCUCCGUCUCAAGUGAUGGCCAUCCGACAAGAAAACGCCAGUCAGAACAGCGUCAUUCUUUUCUGGCACGAACCAGCACAGCCCAAUGGAGUCAUAUUAGAAUAUGACAUUAAAUAUUAUGAAAAGGACAACGAGCAGCAAAGUUAUGCUACGCUGAAGUCAAAGAACACCAGCGCUAAAGUGUCAGGUCUGAAGCCCGGCACGAGCUACAUCUUUCAGAUUCGGGCCAGAACCUCGGCUGGCUGUGGGCGAUUCAGCCAGUCAGUGGAGAUACAGACCGGCAAAGCAACUCCCCUGCGAAAUACCAACAUGACGAUUAUCUGGAUCUGCAUGGCUUCGGUAACGGGACUGGUGACAUUUCUGGCCGUUGUCAUCUGCAGAAAACGGCAAGAGGAGUACUUUGAAUUGUCUGCAUUCAUUUUCCCUGUUUUAUUCUAUUACAUAAGGGAUAAAUACUUUCUGCUAUCAUUUACUCACUCUCACGUCUUCCAAACCUGUAUGACUUUCCGUCUUUAUUUGUUUCUGUGACUGAAUCACUGACUGAAUGAGCUGAAUUGUUGAAUUAUUCUGAACUGAAGCAAAUGAUUCAUUUAAAAAAAUGAUUUGACUCAAAGGAAUGAUUCAUUCACAAUAAAACAUCUCUACUUCUCUCGUAAAUGUGCCAAGAAGAGUAGGGUGGAUGUUUAGAUUUUGUUGAAAUAUUUUCUGUUUUGCUGUUUCUGAACUCAUACAGGUUUAGAACGAUAUGAGUGUGAAUACAAUUAUCAUUUUUGGGUGAAUCAUUCAUUUAAGAGAAUAUUCUUGCCAGCUUCCUCUUGAAAUAAUCCCACUCAAACACCUCUAUGAUUCACUCUGUAAUUAUCUAUGAAAGAGGGGCUAUAUUUAGGUACAUGUACACCCUGAAACGCAUAUCUCACAAUGGAAAAUUGAUUUAAUUGAUUUUGGACUAAUAACACUGCAAAAAAUAAUCUUAAGUCAUAUAUAGCACAGAAAUAAAAACCCCAUUCAUUUUCUCCAUAUAAAAAGAAAGAGCUGCAAAAUAUCAUGAAACUCCUGAAGCAUUGUGAAUGAUCCAAAGUAAUGUUUGCGUAAGUUUGAAUUUUUCUAAUGUAUUUCAUACUUGCAAUCUUAUGCUCAAUAGUUUUGUUUUAUACCAUUGUUUCUGAUUUAAUCAUUUCUUUCAUCAAUUCAAAUGCUUUUUUGGUUCGAAACAAAUGUUCAGUGGUUAAUCUCAGAGCUGCUUGAUUUGGAUCAUGACUUGAACUCUCUAUUGAAGAAGUUUCUGGAAUCUCAGUGGAGAAAAUGAAAAGUGGGUGGUUUCUGUUGCUGUGUUGCUUUUUGAUGACAGCAACUUAAAGUUUGUGUUAAAUAAUGAAUUUGAUUAUACUUUAUAAUCACUUACUUCAAUGAACAGACACUUUCUCACUUUGUUUGAUAUCUGUAAGGCAGUGGAUUAAGACACAGAAGACGUUUGUUAUCCACAUGUGAAGCAAAAAUGUCUUGAAGUUCUUUAAUUAAGCAUUGAGUUAAUUAAGUUUUACAUGCUUUAUUAUUAACAUGUGGGUUGUAUAUCACAAGGCCCAUUAAAAAAAAAAAAAAAAAACACAAUAUUGCUGUCUCUUCUUCUGGUUUGCGUUACAGACGUUGUGGGUACAGCAAAGCUUUCCAGGA